GGAGGUGGACGUGGAGUGCUGCGAGGUUGGCAGUGGGACGUCCCCGUCGUCUGCGGCGGGCUGCAGCGGCGGGUCGGGUGCCCCGGGCGGCCAGCAGCGCAGCGCCUUCCUGGACAUGGUGCGCCAGUCGACGGCUGCCUGCCAGGCCGGCGACUUUGCCAGCGCCGUGCAGCUCUACACGGACGCGCUGGCCCUGGACCCGGCCAACCACGUGCUCUUCAGCAACCGUUCGGCCGCCCACGUCCGCCUUGGCAAGUACGGCCAUGCGCUGCAGGACGCCGUCAAGGCCCGCGAGCUCAACCCCAGAUGGGCCAAGGCCUACUACAGGCAGGGAGUCGCCCUCCAGUGCCUGGGCAGGCACGCAGAUGCCCUCGCUGCAUUUGCCUCGGGCCUCAACCAAGACUCCAAGUCGGUUCAGCUCUUGGCUGGCCUUGUUGAGGCCGCCAUGAAAUCCCCGCUCAGAGCGACCCUUGAGCCGACGUAUCGGCAGCUCCAGUCGAUGCGUCUGGACAAGUCUCCCUUUGUGAUGACCUCUGUGAUCGGUCAAGAGCUACUGGCCACGGGGCAGCACUCUGCUGCCGUGGUGCUCCUGGAGACAGCGCUGCACAUCGGGACGUGCAGCCUCAAGCUCAGGGGCUCGGUGUUCUCGGCGCUCAGCUCGGCCUACUGGGCUCUGAACAGCCUGGACAGGGCCAUCGCCUACAUGCAGCAGGACCUGGCCGUUGCAAAGUCCCUCAACGACCAGGCGGGGGAGUGCCGGGCGCACGGCAACCUGGGCUCCGCGCACUUCUCCAAGGGCAGCUACAAGGAGGCACUGUCGAGCCACCGCUAUCAGCUGGUGCUGGCCAUGAAGUGCAAGGACAGCCAGGCGGCCGCCCUUGCCCUUACCAGCCUCGGCCACGUCUACACCGCCGUGGGGGACUACCCCAACGCCCUGGCCAGCCACAAGCAGUGCGUGCAGCUCGUCAGGCAGAUGGGCGACCGGCUGCAAGAGGCACGCGAGGUGGGGAACGUGGGUGCGGUCUACCUGGCCAUGGGGGACUUUGACAGCGCGGUGGACUGCCACACGGAGCACCUGCGGCUGGCCAAGCAGCUGGGCAACAAGGUGGAGGAGGCCCGCGCCUACAGCAACCUGGGCUCUUCGCACCACUACCGGCGCUCCUUCGAGCAGGCGCGCACCUUCCACGAACACGUGCUGCGCCUGGCACGAGAGCUCGGGGACCGGGUCAUAGAGGCCAGGGCCUACGCGGGGCUCGGCCACGCGGCGCGCUGCAUGGGCGACAGCCAGCAGGCGCGGCGCUGGCACGAGAAGCAGCUCGACAUGGCCCUGGCCGCCAGGGACAAGGUGGCGGAGGGCCGUGCCUGCUCUAACCUGGGCAUCGUGUACCAGCUGGCGGGGCACUUUGAGGCGGCCCUCAAGCUGCACCAGGCCCACCUGAACAUUGGCCGCUCCCUGGGGGACCGGGCCGGCAUGGGGCGUGCCUACGGAAACAUGGGCAACGCCCAGAGCGCCAUGGGCUGCUACGAGCAGGCCGUGCAGCUGCACAAGCAGGAGCUCACCAUCUCCAAGGAAGUGAACGACCGUAGCGCGGAAGCCUCGACGCACGGCAACCUGGCGGUGGCUUACCAGGCCCUGGGGCGCCACGAGAUGGCACUGCUGCACUACCACAGCCACCUGAACAUUGCCCGGGAGCUGAAGGACUCGGCGGGGGAGGCGUGCGCCCUGUGCAACCUGGGCAACUGCUACAGUUCCCGGGGCGAGUUUGGCCAGGCCGUGCCCUACUACGAGAACUUCAUGCGCCUCUCCGAGGAAGUGGGCGACGUGGAGGCCCAGGCCAGGGCCUGCCACUUCCUGGGAUACGCCCACUACUGCCUCGGCAACUACAAGGAUGCCAUUGACUACUAUGAGAAAGACCUUACGUUGGCGAAGAACCUGCACGACCGGGUGAACAUGGGCAGGGCCUACUGCAACUUGGGCCUGUCCCACAUGGCCCUGGGGAACCUGGACGGGGCGCUCGAGUGCCAAAAGUACUUCCUCGCCAUCUCCCAGGUGUCGAGAAACCUGCAGGGCAAGUUCCGUGCCUUGGGCAACAUGGGGGACGUGCUGAUGAAGAUGAAGAAGAGUGACGAAGCCGUCCAGAUGUACCAGCGCCAACUGCUGCUCGUGCGGCACUCCAAAGAGCGCCACCUGAAGGCGGCGGCGUACGGUGCGCUGGGGCUCUGUCAUCGGCAGCUUAAGUGCUACGACAAGGCCCUCGGAUACCACACACAGGAGCUGACCCUGCAGCAGGAGUUGGGCGACGUGCGCGGGGAGUGCCUGGCCCACAGCCGCCUGGGCGCCGUACACCUGUCCCUGGGCCAGCUGGGUUACGCCCUGCGCUGCUACCAGGAGCAGCUGGAGCGGGCCCGGGAGCUGCGGGACUGCCCGCUUGAGACGCAGGCCCUGGGCAACCUGGGCAUUACCCGCCUGGGCAUGGCGCACUUCGAGGACGCCAUCGGCUACUUCGAGCAGCAGCUUGCCCUCCUGGAGCAGCUGGGCGGCAGCAGCAGCACCCUGCUGGACAAGGGGCGUGCCUACGGUAGCCUGGGGGACUGCUACGACGCCUUGGGUGACCUCGAGGAGGCCGUCAAGUGCCACGAGCAGUACCUGGGCAUCUCCCUCAAGGCCCAGUCCCCCAGAGACCAGGAGAGGGCCUACCGGGGCCUGGGCAACUCCCACCGCUGCCUGGGGAACCUCCAGCAGGCCCUGGUGUGCCUGGAGAAGCGGCUCGUGGUUGCCCACGAGUUGACCGCCGAAGGUGCGGCGCCGGGAAAGGCAGCUGCCUACGGGGAGCUUGGCGCCCUGCACCGCCAGUUGGGCAACUAUGAGCAGGCACUUGCCUGCCUCCAGCGGCAGAUGGCCUUGGCGCAGGACGACCCCGUGCUGCGCGGAGAUGCUGCGUGCGGCCUGGGGGCCGUCUACCAGGCCAUGGGUUCCCACGACCAGGCCCUGCACUGGCACCAGCUGGACCUGGAGAUUGCCGAGGAGACGCACAACAUGGCCGCCCAGGGCAGGGCCUACGGCAACCUGGGCGUCACCCACGAGGCCCUGGGCCACUACGAGCGGGCCGUGGCACUGCAGGAGCAGCACCUGAGCGUCGCCGCCCAGCUCGGGGACAAGGUUGCCAAGGCCCUGGCCUACAGCAGCCUGGGCCGGGUGCACCAUGCCCUGGGCAACGUGGGCCAGGCGGCCAGCUACCUGCAGCAAGGUCUGCAGACGGCCGAGCAGCUGGGGCGGCGGGAGGAGGAGGCCCGGGUGCGGCACCGGCUGGGCCUGGUGCUCUGGCUGCAGGAGGACCUGGACGGGGCACAGCACCAGCUGCACAGGGCACAGGGCCUGCUCGAGGCCCUCGGGGCAGAGGCCAGGGGCACGCCCGACCGGAGGGACGCCCUCGGGGAGCUCCUGGCGGGAACCUCGCAGGCCCUCCAGCGGGUGCUGGUGUCCCUGGGGAGGCCGGAAGAGGCCCUGGUGGUGGCCGAACGCAGCCGCACCCGAGCCUUCUCGGAGCACGCGCACAAGGGCUCGUGCGCAUAUGUUCCGACCAGCGUGGAGCAGAUGCUGGAGGUGGUGAACCGGCAGAAGGCCAGCGUGCUCUACUACAGCGUGGCUGCUGGCCGCCUCUUCACCUGGCUCCUUGUGCCUCACAAGGGUGUGGUCAAGUUCACGGAGGCGAGCGUGGGUGGGGAGGGUCGAGCGGAGGCAGCCCUGCCCGACCGGGAGGGCCAGCUGCCCGUGGGCGCCCCGCUGCUGGAGCGCCACGUGGCCGGCCUCAGGGAGGCCCUGGGAGUGGAGCCCGAUGCCGAGGAGCCCUGGCAGAGCCACUGGGACGAGGCCGGCGACCGGCUGGGGCAGGACCCCGAACGCCACAGCACCGGCGGUUUCAGUCGCCUGGGCAACCGCAACCACCUGCUGAACAGCUCAAACUACAGCCUGAGCAGCCUGUUCAGCGUGGGCAGCGUGAGCGUCACCUCCGGCCCGGCCAGCCGCGCCGGCAGCAUGCGUGCCCCACGCCCGCACUGGCCCGGGCCACCAUCCCUGCACGCACUCUACGAGCUCCUCAUCGGACACUCGGAGGAGGAGCUCUGCCGCUGUGCCGGCCGCGACCUGCUCGUCGUCCCCGACGCGGACCUCUACCUCGUCCCGUUCGCGAUGCUCCGCGCCAACGGAUCCACGGAGUACCUGUGCGAGCGGUUCAGCCUGACGGUGCUCCCGUCGCUCUCGGUGCUCAGGGCGGGCCAGCGGGCCAAGGCGGCGAGGCAGCAGCACCACGGCCACUACCCCUCGCCGGCUGACCGGCUGGCGUCGCUGGUUGUCGGGAACCCCAGGGUGUCGCGGAGGACGCUGGAGUGGCUCGGGUGUGCCGAGAUCCCGCACGCGGAGCAGGAGGCCGAGAUGGUGGCCGAGAUCCUGGGCGGGGAGGCGCUGGUAGGCGCGGAGGCCACCAAGGAGGCUGUCCUCGGGCGGCUCUCGCAGGCCGAGUGCGUCCACCUCUCAGCGCACGUCUCCUGGAAGGUCCCCGGCGUCGUGCUGUCCUCGGGAGCGGAGUUUGUCGAAGACGAGGAGCCGGCCGCCGCUUCCGCCGACGGCGGAGGUGGGGAGGACGGAGCAAGGCCCGCCUUAGAGUCGACCAUGCUGACGGCGGCGGACCUCUGCGCGCUGCGUCUGGGGGCGCGUCUGGUGGUGCUGAGCACGUGCCACACGCGCUCGUGCCACGGCAAAGUGGACUCUCGGUCCCUGGAGGCCCUGGCGGGGGCCUUCCUCAGGGCAGGUGCCCGUUGCGUGCUGCUCUCGCUCUGGCCCGUGCCCGACACCGCCCUCAAGAUUCUGCUACGGACCUUCUACUCUUCCCUCAUGCAGGGCUCGCGGGCAAGUGCGGCCCUGAGCGAGGCCAUGUGCACCAUCCAGACGACGAAGCACUUUGGCCACCCGGCCAACUGGGCCAGCUUCGUGCUGCUGGGCAGCGACGUGCACCUCUCGAACCAGGUGGUGCUCAUGGGGCAGGCCCUGGUGGAGCUGCUCAAGGUGCCCGACAAGUGUAGGGACGCCUUGCGGGUGGUGCUACACCUGGUGGAGAAGUCGCUGCAGCGCAUCCACAGGGGCCAGAAGAACGCCAUGUACACCACGCAGAAGUCCAUUGAGAGCAAAGUGGGGCCCGUCUCGGGCUGGAAGGAGCUGCUCAUUGCCGUGGGGUUCCGCUUCGAGCCGGCGGCAAACGGACUCCCUGCAUCCGUCUUCUUCCCACAAACAGACCCUGGCGAGAGGCUCGUCCAGUGCAGCACCAGCCUUCAGGCGUUGCUCGGCCUGUCCGUCAUCUCGCUGAGUGCCAUAUCGAAACUGCUUUCAAGACCGGAGUAUGCAGACGACAUCAUAGAACUGAUGCAUCAGGUGGUGGGACAGCUUGGAAAAACGCAGCAGGACAAUGUGGAAUGCCACGUCAGUGUCAAGCUUUGGAGUGUUCCUGGCUGCCACGAAUUGCUCGCAUCCUUGGGUUUCGACCUGAUGGAAGUGGGCAGGGACGAGGUGACCCUUCGGAUGGGCAAGCAGGCAAACCGUCGCUCGAUCCAGUUUGCCCUGCAGGCACUGCUGGCAGUGUUUGACACGCAGGAGGCGCCCAAGAACCUGAACCUGGAAGACUCGAGCGACCUGGACAGCCUGGAGAGCGAGGUGUGCACGGACCCCUCCCCUCCCCCCGCCCUGGGCUUCUCCACGGGGCCCCCGAGCACGCGCCCCGUCCUGAGCCAGGGCACGGGCGCCUUCACCAACUAUGUGCGCGCCAGGGGGGAGCCGGACGGCCGGACCGCCCCCACGUCCGACCUCAAGGGCCGCGACAGCGACGCCUUCACCCCGAGCCCCGUCAACCCCGUCGCCUAUGCCAACGCGAGCAUCUUGCCCGCCGCGACCCUCCUCCACUCGGGCGGCAAGAGCGGCUCGUCGCUGUACAACGCGAGCGCCGAGACGCCGGCCAAGCGGCCCGACAGCUCGCUGUCCGCUGGUUCCGACUGGGAGGGCCAGAUGACGGUGCGGCGCCUCGUUGUCAGCGAUAACCGUGGCGCGACGUCCAGCGAGGGCGACCAAGUUUCCAGACCGUGCAGGAAGGCAGCGGUCUCGGGAUUCGAGUCGCAAAGCAGCGACUCGGACCGCAACGACUUCUCGCUCGACCGGCCGCGCUUCGGGGCGGGCAUCUCGCGGCCGCCGCCUCCGCCGCCCACGGCUCCGCGCACGAGCCUGGGCGGCAAGGGGCGGCGACCCCGCCAGGUGCCGGGAGACGGCAGAGGCCUUGACUUCGGCACAAGCGCCCUGCUGGACUCCGCAACGUGCGCGGGAGGCGACGCCACGGCGCAGCGCGACCGUUCUAUCCGCGAUCACAUCCUGUCGCACCAGAUGCAUCACUUUGCGCGGGUGCCCCCGCCCACCAUCUCGGACGUCUACCACGACCGGAAUGUGGGGCUGGGACUCGCGCCGUCGCUGUCCAAGAUCCUGGCGGACGACGGAGGAAAGCUGCUGGCCGAACGCAGGGAGGAGAGUGCGGAGGCCGGGCCCAGCCCCCCGCCCCCGGUGACGCGGAGGAACAAGCCGCCCCCCCCCGCCGCCCAAGAUCGCGGCCAAGCCGCACAGGCUGCAGAGAGUGAGGGCCGUGAACGGCGACGGGGCGUUCGUGCCGAAGGAGCCUGCGGUGGAGAAGGACGAGCGCAAGCCGGGGGGCAGCGAGAGCAGCGACGACGGCUCGUCGCAGAACAGGGACGCGGUGUCGACCGUGCGGAGGAAACCCAAGUCGACGGACGAGGGACUCCAGGCGCCGGACUGCUGAUGCACUAGGAUUUUAUCUGAAAAGCUUCGGUGACUGUUGUUGCGAACGAACGAAAGCAAAGUCAUUUGGGGGAUCUUGCGUGACUGAUGGAUUGCCGAGUUAAUGGACCGUGUUAUUGUUGCCACCAUUCUCUCUCGACAGAGGAAGCAGCGUUCGUUGUCAAAGACCAGCCAGUUGGGACAGCCAUCUAACGACAAACAUUUUUUUUAUUACUAUUAUUUUGAGGACACUUUUUAUGCUUUGCAUAUUUUGGCAUUGAAAACAACACGAUGCUACCACUAAAAAAAAAAAAGAUUUGUUCGGACGUUUGAGGAAGUUUUACCCAGAACUCUGUUGCCGUGUAUAUAAUGUGUACAUUGUAGAUGCUCUUGAUUGCACUUCCUUUUUGUGAGCGGUGCCAUUGACCACGAUAUCUGUAAAUUUGAUAUUAACACGAUACGAUGCAUUAAAGAUUUUCCAAUUUCAUA